UUAAAUCAGUGAUAAAAUUACCGGUAGUGAAAUAUCGCUCACUACUAGUGUGUACUGUGGUUGGCGCAUUUUGUUUAAUUUUUAAUUGCUUGUGGAAAGAUAACGUUCCGUUUAACUACCCCCAUCGUCAGCAAGUUGCAGAAAUUCAUUUUACAUUGAAAAUGGCGGCGUCAGUAAAACAACUUUAUGUAAGUAGCCAGAUUAGAGAAAUAUGAUAUAUAUUUUGCCCAUCCAUCAGUUGCAUCCUUUGACUCUGGAAUCAACACUAUUCCUCAACUCCUUGGAAGUGUGCGGCAAAAUUUAUAACCGAAUUGAUCCCUAUCUUUAUGAUUCGUUGAGAAAUGUGGUGCUUGGAAUUGAAAAAUUCCUAGAUCAAAACCCUACCGUAAUAGAGCCCACGGAUGACUUUAUGUUUGUGACACCCAAAGAGUUGGCCGUAAUACCAAAGAUUUACCAUUGCACCUUUUGCAAGAAAAAUUUGGGCAGUACGGUUGACAAGGCCGCGAUCCAUUUGGCAGAACGACACCCAACUGCCAAAACAGUAAAUUUGCCAAAGCGAGCGAAGGCGAUUGUUGAGAGCGAUUUCGGAAAAUUUUUCGCCGAUCAAUUACAAGUAGCAGAGACAUUAAAACAAAUCCCGGAAUAUGACGUUAUUGAGAAUUCGCUGUCGGAUAUUCUUAAGGAAGUGUUUCCCGACAAAAGCAUCGAAAUGUAUAAAUUCGGUUCGCGAAUAACUGGUAUUGGUACAGAAAAUUCGGAUCUUGAUAUAUACGUUGAUAUCGGUGGACGAUUCAAUGAAUUCGAGCAUGCUGCCACAGCAGAGACGUUGCAAAUCUUCGACCGGGCUUAUUACGUUUUUAAAAAUAAAACCAUAGAUUGGCGCUUGAACCAUGCUGCUAGAGGUGCACGUAUACCCAUACUAAAGUUGACUAACACUAGGACUAAAAUAAAAUGUGAUGUUGGUUUUUCCAACAGUAUAAGUUAUUGCAAUAAGCAAAUGCUUGAAUAUAUUUUCCAACAACAGCCUAUAGCGCGACGAAUGUGCAUAUUCAUGAAAAAAUGGCUAGAGCUCACAGGACUUAAUAGGCGUAUAACUACGUACUGUAUGUCGUUGAUGGUAAUUUACUAUUUACAGAUCAACAAUUUUUUGCCCUCAAUUGAGACUCUGCAAAAGAAUAUGUUGGCCAAUGUCUUAGUUGGACCAUGGAUUAGCAACUUUAUUGAGAUACCCUUAACUGAAUUGAAAAUGGAAGUUCUUAGCGUCAGCCCAUCGAGUUGCAAGCAACACAUUAAAGAAUUUUUUAUAUAUUAUGCUGAUUUCGAUUAUGAAUCGCAUGUAAUAUGCCCCUAUUUUGGACGUACACAUAUAAAAAUUGAAAAUUUUGAAAGCCUAAUGCCGGAACGAUAUACCAAUUUUGUACAGAGCAAGAAUUCUGCCAAAGAUUUUCGCAUAGAAUUAGAUAAGCAUAUGGUCGUACAGGAUCCACUACGAAUGAAUCAUAAUGUGGCAGAGCGUGUGACUAAAGUAGAUUUGAUGGAGUGGCAGCAUUUUUUAAAGAAGUCAGCUGUGUUGAUAAUCGUUGUGAGAUCAUGGCGCAAUAAUGACUUAAUAUAUACUAGCAAAUAUCCGGCGUGCUUUGCGACGCAUCGUGAGUAAUUUUGCAUCAAAAUUAAGGAGAAACCGUAUUGAAACUCAAAUGGGAAAAACCCCUUCAGGGGAAGAAUUUUGCCUUUAUUAGUAUCCAUAAUUCAUCUGGCCGGGAACCCUAGUAAGUUAAGAUCUAUCUUCACAAAUCAGUGCCAUAUCAGUUCGGUAUCAUUGCCAAUCAGCAUCGAUCAGUGAUACCAAUUCACACACAUUCGUAGCAUGUCGUCCGGUACUUUCAUUAAAAUGAUGUUCAUUGAAACCAAGAGGACUUAUUUUACUAAUGUUUAAUUGGCCAGUUUCCUCUCUUAAUGUAUGCAAAUUUGCACAACCUGUUAAUCAAUUUAAAUACUGCUUUUUAAUUUUUACUUACCAUAAUAUGGUGUGGCGUAGAACAAAUUUGAAAUUUGUGUGUUGAAUUCUAAAAACUUAAGGCCAAAUUCACAGUGCGUAGUUAACUCAGAAUCGACAGUUAACUGCAGAUUUUAAGUGAAUGUAUUUUUGCGUUGAAAACGUUUGCAAUUUUAAACAUUUCACGUGUAUAUUUUAAACAUCUCAUGUUCAAAAAUGCAGUCUUGAACAUCGUAUGCGUAUACUUACACAAAUUUUGUUUGAAAAUAAACACUUUUCAGUCGCAGUUUUA